AUGACGAAGGCGGCCGCCCCUUCGAAACCAUGGCAGCCGGCGGCGCUGGACGCCGAGUUCUCGCCGCAGGUGGCCCAGCUGCUCCUGACGGACCACGGCCGCAGGGAGCUGUCCUCCUGCCUACGCCGCAGAGACGAGGCCCUGAGGAUGACGGUCAGGAAGCACCUGCUGGCGCUGGGGUGGACCAUCCUGUCCAGGCCCAACGCCGCCAUGUUGACGAGGCUCCGCUACAGGGCGCCAGGAGGCUAUGACGCCAAGUCCUACUGCUCCCUUCCGGACCUCGUCGUCGAUAGCGCCGCCGCCUCACAGUUUGAGUUUGAGUUUGAGCAGCAGGAGGAGGAGGAGGAUCAGAUUAUUACUGUUGUUAAUAAUAACGAGCCUCCGCCUCCCCCGCCACAAACCAAGGACGAGGAAGACGAUGAUGAGGAAGAUGGGCCUGCUGAGCCGGCGGAGGAGGAGGAGCAAAAAGAGGAAGAUGAUGACCAGGACGCCGUCAUUGCCGAGUACAUCGCGCUCAUGGCGAGGAACGACGGCGCCAGCAGGGGCCGCAGGGCGGGCCGUCUCCGCGACGGCGCCAAGAGGCACCUCCUGGCGGCCGGGUGGACGUUCUGGACGAAGCUCAAGAGCAACGGCAGAGAGGAGCUGCGCUACAGGGCGCCCACCGGACGCUCCUACAUCUCCCUCCACACUGCCUGCCAGGCCUUCAAGACCAGCCGCCGGCAAGCCGCGUUGCCGAUGACGACGGCCUCGGCCUCGGCUUCGUCGGCUUCCAACAGCAGCAGCAGCAGCAGCAAGAUUGAUAGACGCCGGGUGCAUGCGACUCCUGCCACCAUACUGCGUGCUGUGCGCCCCAGCAGGGUCGGAGACGGAGACGAAGACGGCGGCACCAUCCAUUGCCAGCCGCCGGUUGUGAUGACGAUCAGGAAGAAAAGGAAACUAAUCGGCGACGGCGACGCCGUGAACGUGACGAUGAAGAAAAUCAAGAAGAAGGAGACGUGCUGUCAAGUGGUGGGCGCUGAUGGCACGCAGCUCAUCAAGAAAUCCAUCACCACGACCACCCUGACCAGGAAGAAGAGGAGGAGGAAGGAAGCAACCGCCUCCAAGAACCAAACGCGCGUAGUCCUACGGCCCACCAACAGCACGGCGUCGGCGUGCCAGCGUCGCUCGCGGACGCUCCUGUCCGUGCUCAUCGACAAGGACAUCGUGGUGCCGAGGGACAAGGUGACGUACAGGGCGGCGAGGGACAGGCCGGCGGCCAAGGACGGUUUCAUCACCGGCGAGGGGAUCAGAUGCACGUGCUGCAACAAGACCUUGACGGUGGCAGAGUUCGCGGCACACGCCACCGCACGCCGGGGGAGCGACCGCCGUGAGGCCUGGGCACGUGUGUUCCUCAAGGACGGCAGGUCGCUGUCGCAGUGCCUGGUGGAGCUCAUGAGGCGCGACGUGGCCGUCGUCGCGGCUCGGAAUGGCGACGUGAGGGUGAAGGAGAAAUGCAGCGACCCGGAGGGCGACUCGGUGUGCUCCAUCUGCAACGACGGCGGCGAUCUGCUCCUCUGCGACAACUGCCCGUCGGCGUUCCACCACGCCUGCGUUGGGCUGCAGGCCACUCCGGAGGGCGACUGGUUCUGUCCGUCGUGCAGAUGCGGCGUGUGCGGCGGCAGCGACUUCGAUGCCACCGCCGCUGGUGGUGGUGGGUUCACGGACAAGACCAUCAUCUACUGCGACCAAUGCGAGCGUGAAUAUCAUGUGGGAUGCGUGAGACGACGAGGUUCCGAGGAGGAGGAAGAAAGCGCAGCAGAGUGGUGCCGGCGACCAGAGGAACAAGAAGAAUGGCCGUGGCUUUGCAGUCCUGAAUGCGGCGAGGUAUUUCGGCAUCUGCAGGGACUUGCUGCGGUGGCCAGGGAAAGAUCCAUCCCCAUCCCCACUACAGUCCCCACUACAGUAGAAGGCGUGUCGCUCAGCAUCCUGCGGCGGCGGCGGCGACGACCCAUCUCCAUGGUCGCCACGGGGUCUGGGUGUCAGGAGGAAGAGGAGGAGGAGGACGCCGCCGAGCACGGGCAGCUGUGCUCCGCGCUGGACGUGCUCCACGAGUGCUUCGUGACCCUGAUCGAGCCCCGUACGCAGACGGACCUCACCGCCGACAUCGUCUUCAACCGAGAGUCAGAGCUGCGCCGCCUCAACUUCCGCGGGUACUACGUGGUGGGCCUGGAGAAAGCCGGCGAGCUCAUCACCGUGGGGACGCUGCGGGUGUUGGGGACCGAGGUGGCAGAGCUGCCUCUGGUGGGCACCCGGUUCGCGCACCGCCGGCAGGGGAUGUGCCACCUCCUCGUCACGGAGCUCGAGAAGGUGCUGCGUCAGGUGGGCGUCCGCAGGCUGGUGCUGCCCGCCGUGCCUGAGCUCCUGCCCAUGUGGACCGCCUCUCUGGGCUUCCACCCCAUGACCCGCUCCGACGUCAUGGAGAUCGCCGCGGAGCACGCCAUCCUGAGCUUCCAGGGAACCACCAUGUGCCACAAGAGUCUGCACCUUGCCUAGCUACAGUAGCUUGUCCAUCCAUCCACACAGAAUCAUGCGCAUCAUCUGUAAAAUUCAUGUUAAUGUAUCCCAUAAAUAUCUG